AUGGAGGCGUCUGCAUUUUCUUCAGGCUUCGUUAGUAGCGUGGAAGAUUUUCGUGCUCUCUUCGCCCCGAAUAGCGACGAUCGACUCCUGCUAUGUUAUGAGGCGUAUCAUGACGAAGUGACGACGGCGGAUUUAACGGCUCUGGAGGAUGCUGUGCGCUCUGCUGCUGUGAGGCAUGCCACAAAAGUACAAUUACACUUUUGGGACUGCGGUAGCGAAGCCUUUUUGGCGGCGAAGGAACAGCUGGGAAAAGUAAGGGGCACGCCGCUGUUGGCUGUGGUGCAUCGACAGGCCAUUGCAGACACACUUAAAGGACCUGUGGAGGUAAUGAUAGAAGACGUGGAUCAUGUCUGCAGGCGCUUGACAUCUUAUCAGCGUGGUGGGAAGGUUGCGGUGUUUCCAAUUUCGUUGCCCCGCACCACCGCUGACGCUGCAUGCAUAUCAGUGGAUGUAUCGAGGUUGGUGGGGGUGGGCAAGCGACUGAUGACGGAAGGCAAGGCGGAUUACGCGGAGAAGUUUUUUCACCGUGCGCUCGACACCCUUGACGCGGUUAGGCCACAUUGCGACGGGGACGAGAAUGUCGACGGAAGCACCGCUCUUUGCUUGGCGUGGGUGGCAUUGGCAAAAAUGGUUCAGGGAAAGAAUGCGGAUGUGCAAAUGCAGCGUUUAGAAAAAGACUACUCUGCGUUUUGUGGGGAGAUUGGCAGCGAUGUUGCGCGUGUGCGGGCUGCAAAUCGACUAGUAACCGCAGCACCUUUCACGUGGCGCAGUGAAACCUGCAGUCAGAGGAAACUGCGGGAGGCACUGGCCCGAGAUCCACAGAGCCACGAGCACCGCUGCGCCCUUGUCGUGACGUUGUUUCUUGCUGGGGACAUGGAGCGCUGCUUGACGGAGGCGAUCAAACUGAGGACCCUGCAUGUCCCUUUCGGCACAACCGCCAUUUCCGCCAUCGGUGAGUUUAUUGGCCGCGACCACGCACUGAUGCGGAGCAUUGGCAUUGACUGUGAACGACCGUCGACAGGGGUGUAG